AUGUCAGCCAAUAGUCGCCGCGAACUGUCGAUCACUUUUUCGGAGGAUGAUCUCCGGGGGCCGGUGUUGGCAAGUGAAAAUCAACGCCGAGAUCGAGCCCGGGAACGGUAUCGUGCUGGGGAAGAGCAGCGCCAAAGUGCAGCAGACGCAUUCGCCGAUCGGAUGACGUUGAAAUCGAGGAAUACGGCGACGGCGGGGAGUGGACGGAGGUCGAGAUCGGUCUCAAUCCAACAGCUCACCCCUCCCAAGCCGCUAUCCCCGAUCCGGAUUCCGGAUCCGACUCGCCGGAAGCGCCACUCCGAUCGAGAAUACUUCCAGUGGGAUUCGGACGGCGACGGGUAUAGAACGAGACCGGAUGGAGAUGUACAUGGACACCCAGCCAGCCGCCCGGGCUCUUGCUUGCUAUGCAAAUGGGCCAGAGAAUACGAGGAAAAGGAGCGACGACGGCAAGCCGUUCAGGCUAGUCGAGAGCCAGAUGAAAGCUGCGUACAGGUGGACCGCAUACUGUAUUCCCGAAAUGGUUGGGAAAAUUCAUUCCUAAAAACGAAUAUUGCCGAUUUGCCGACCCCAAUUUCCCGCAGCUAUUAUCGCGAUUUUGAGAGUCGU